AUGGCAAAAAAAGGAGAAAGAUUCUUUCUUUCACUUUGCUUUUCCUUCCUUGCUUCGUUCUUUCACCAUCUUAAUACCAAUCCAACACAACGCAACAACCUCUAUUAUGUCACAUUAACUUUAUAUUAUAUUAUUCCCUCUCUCACCUUCCACACCUAAAAUUACCUUUUCUUUUUCAUUUCCUUUAUUCACACUCACAUUCACUCCCAUUAAUCUAUACACUUCGCUCCACUCAUUAUCAUUAUUAUUAUUUUUGUUAUUGAUAAUCCCAAUCAUCUUCUGCAAACAACAAAAUCCAGUUCUGUUUUUCUUUCAUGGUUUUGUUGCAUCAUUCCUAUUGGAGGCGAUUCGGAUUAGGGCUACACUGCAUCUCUUUUCCCGACCAUGUCGCCGGCGGCCCACGAAUAUUCUUUUGCCGUCGAGUACGACGGACCUCCGCUAACCUACGAUCUCCCUCGGGCGCUUCCUAUUAGCGUCGACAGCAUUCCGGUCGCCGCCGUCGUUUCCCAGGUUUCUCUUUCCGACGCUCUAGCACUGCCGGUCGUGCAGCCGCUCCUACCAUCGCAACACCAUCAUCACGCCGUGAAGGAGCUCAGAACGCACGGCUCUGAGCCUAGGGUUUCCAAGGAACUCGAAUUAGCGUCCGAGAGAACAGUCUCGCCUACUUCCGUGAUCGCCUUUGAGCAUCGAGCUUCCCAGAGCAACGUUUGCGAGCUCUCCGGCGAGUUGAGCAGCUCCGGCGCGUUCGAGUUCUCCAACGGGAACGAUGGCUCCGGCGAGUUGUCUGAUUUGGGUGACAGUUCGAGAGUGCUCGAAGAUUCGAGCUCGCGUGAGUUACCAGCGGAAGGUAGAACAAUAAGCAGAACUAGAACUGAAAGCUCUAGUACCGGUGAUCUUUGGGACAAGUCUGGGAGGAGUUCGGAUAUGUUGAGGGUUUCGAAUGAUGGAAAAGAGAGUUUGGAUUUCAACGAGUUAAAUCAGCAAGAUUGGCCUUCCACUGAGUCAGUGUUGAGUUUAGAGUAUCCGUCGACUCGGGUUUCUUCUUUGAAGGCUGAGGAUUGCGAUGGCAAGCGACCCCCUAUUGUUACUUUCAAUGUGGAAUCUGAUGAUGAUUUGGAUGAGGAGUUUGAUGUGGAGGACACUGUUACUAGACCGGUUAAAAGGGAACCUUUGACGAAGGGGAAGAAAGGGUCUUGUUAUAGAUGCUUCAAGGGGAAUAGGUUUACUGAGAAGGAGGUUUGUCUUGUUUGUGAUGCCAAGUAUUGUAGUAAUUGUGUGCUUAGAGCUAUGGGGUCCAUGCCAGAAGGUCGGAAAUGUGUUACUUGCAUUGGAUUCCCUAUUGAUGAGUCCAAACGAGGCAAUUUAGGGAAAUGCUCUCGGAUGCUAAAGCGGUUGCUUAAUGAAUUGGAGGUUCGGCAGAUAAUGAAGGCUGAGAGGUUUUGUGAAGCGAAUCAGCUUCCACCUGAAUAUGUUUGUGUGAAUGGGAAGCCACUUUCUUAUGAGGAGUUGGUUAUGUUGCAGAAUUGUCCAAAUCCUCCAAAGAAGCUAAAGCCAGGAAACUAUUGGUAUGAUAAAGUGUCUGGUCUUUGGGGGAAGGAAGGACAGAAGCCUUCCAGAAUUAUAAGUCCCCAUCUGAAUGUUGGAGACCCCAUCCAACCGGAUGCUAGCAAUGGAAACACUCAGGUUUUCAUUAAUGGUCGAGAAAUAACAAAAGUUGAGCUUCGGAUGUUGCAGUUGGCUGGAGUGCAGUGUGCCGGCAACCCACAUUUUUGGGUCAAUGAGGAUGGUUCCUACCAAGAAGAGGGGCAGAAGAAUACAAGAGGAUAUAUAUGGGGAAAGGCUGGAACAAAGCUUGUAUGUGCUUUCCUAUCCCUGCCAGUUCCUUCUAGAUCUUCAAAUUCUUUGGGAGAACAACACUCCAAUCUGGUUAGCAGAACCAUUCCUGACUACCUUGAGCAUGGAAUAGUUCAGAAGCUUCUCUUAGUUGGUUGCAGUGGAUCUGGAACGAGCACUGUUUUUAAACAGGCCAAGAUUCUUUACAAAAGUGUCCCAUUCUCAGAAGAUGAGCAUGAAAAUAUAAAGUUGACCAUUCAGAGCAAUGUUUAUGCAUACCUUGGCAUACUGCUUGAGGGACGUGAGCGUUUUGAAGAUGAAAGUUUGGCUGAUUUGAAAAAAGGGCAAUCCUCUGUACUUGAUACCACAGGAACUAGUCCAAAACUUGAUGAUAAGACCAUAUAUUCCAUUGGCCCAAGAUUGAAAGCAUUCUCUGAUUGGGUGCUGAAAACGAUGGUAGCAGGCAAACUUGAUGCCAUCUUUCCUGCUGCUACACGUGAAUAUGCACCGUUGAUUGAGGAAUUGUGGAAUGAUGCUGCCAUUAAGGCCACAUAUGAAAGAAGAAGUGAAUUAGAAAUGCUGCCUAGUGUUGCCAAUUAUUUCUUAGAGCGGGCUGUUAAGAUAUUAAGGACUGAUUAUGAACCCUCAGAUUUAGAUAUCCUCUAUGCUGAGGGAGUUACAUCAUCCAAUGGGGUGGCUUGUGUGGAGUUUUCAUUUCCACAAUCAGAUUCUGAGGAAGCUGUUGACACUGCUGAUCGACAUGAUUCUUUGGUUAGGUAUCAACUAAUUAGAGUGCAUGCAAGGGGGCUAGGAGAAAAUUGCAAGUGGCUGGAGAUGUUUGACGAUGUUGAAAUGGUCAUUUUCUGUGUUGCCUUGAGUGACUAUGAUCAGUUUUCUGUUGAUGGAAACGGUUGUCUCGCUAACAAGAUGAUAUUGAGCAUGAAGUUUUUUGAAACCAUUGUCACUCAUCCAACUUUUGAGCAAAUGGACUUCCUGUUGAUAUUAAACAAAUUUGAUCUGUUUGAGGAGAAAAUUGAGCAAGUUCCUCUGACUAAGUGUGAAUGGUUCUCUGAUUUUCAUCCAAUAAUCAGUCGCAAUCGUCCCAACAGCAAUAGCAACAGCAUAAAUAAUAAUCCCUCCCUUGGUCAGCUGGCUUCCCAUUACAUAGCAGUUAAAUUUAAAAGGCUUUAUUCAUCUCUUAGAGGACGAAAGUUGUACGUGUCCCUGGUGAAGGGGUUGGAGCCUGAUAGUGUUGAUGCAGCACUUAAAUACGCCAAGGAAAUUUUGAAGUGGAACGAAGAGAGACCAAACUUUAGCUUGAGUGAGUACUCAAUGUAUAGCACUGAGGCGAGUUCAUUCUCUCAUUGAUUGCUAAUUCAGGCAAGAGUUGUAAGUCAUACUUGUGUAUGGCUUGACAUUUGUUCGUGUACAUAUACUGCUAACUAGAAGUAACAUGGACCAUUCCUUCUACAAGCUAUCGACUUGUGAGAUGCAGUGGACUGUAGACACAUGUAGGUAAGGUUUCAAGGGGUUAAGGUAUGUUGGUGAGUCAGUCAGCACAUGCCACACAGAUCCAAGUGUAAUGUUCAAAUUCAUUUUUUAUUUUUCUUAUGUUAAAGUAAUAUUGUUAUAAUUUUUUUUGGGUCAAUCUUUAUGUUAGAAGUUGUGUAUCACUUUUAGCCGGUCCGUCAAAUAUUUGAGUUGCAAGCCGGCUUUUGUGUGCUAAAAAUACAUGAUAGACCACGGCGGUUGUAUAUCAUUCAAGCUGGAGCUUUUCAUUUUGACCCAAAAAAAAGCUGGAGCUUUUCUGUAGGCUCUGCGCGUCAUUCUGUUUGCGAAUGGUUUAUAAAAGACAUAAUAUACUUUAAAGUUAUCC